AGUCUUAUGAUUGGCCGGCCGGCGUCCUCCUCGGUUCCCUCCCCUGCCCCCCUCGCGAUUCCACCGCAGCUGCCGUCCGCUGCUGUCUUUUCAGUGGCAACUUUUCCUAUCAAGGCUCGAAAAUGAGUCAUUUCAAGGAGCGAUUUGUGACUUUGCUCCAUGAGAAGAACUUUGUCACCGACCAGCUGGCGACGCUGGAGCAAAAAACGGGAAUGAAGAGAGAAUAUAUCGUCUUGGGUGCCCUGGGUUUGGUCGGAGUCUACCUCCUGUUCGGCUACGGGGCAUCGUUGCUAUGCAACCUCAUCGGCUUCGUCUAUCCGGCCUAUUUCUCGUAUGUAUCGGCUUUACCCACACGCCCUUAG